UGCUGUGCAGCAGGGCACAUGUAUGCUAGAGAUGGACUGUCACCUGACAAAGGACGGACACGUCGUGGUGUCUCAUGACGAGAACCUGGAGAGGCAGACGGGACGGGACGUCACCAUUUCCUCCCUCAACCUGGAGGAUUUGCCUCUGUAUAAGGAGAAACUGGAGGUGACAUUUUAUGCAGGUCGGUACAGCAGUGGCAUGGACAGGAAGAUUUCUCUGCUGGAGGACGUUUUCAGGAAGUUUCCUGAGGUGCCUGUGAGUGUGGAGAUUAAAGAAAACAACCUGGAGCUGAUUGAAAAGGUUUCGGCCUUGGUUAGACGCUACAACAGAGAGGGCAUCACUGUGUGGGCCUCYGUACAGUCCUCUAUCUUGAAGGAGUGCCGCAGAAUCAACAGCUCCAUGCCCUACAGUUUCUCCAUGGCUCGAGGCGUUUUGCUGCUGCUCCUCUUCUACACCGGCCUGCUGCCCUUUGUGCCACUGGGAGAGAGUUUACUGCAGUUUUACCUGCCACAAGUCAUCAACAGGAGGUACAUUCCUACGGAGAGAUUCCUUCAGAACAACCUGGUCAUAAUUUUGUUACAAAAAAUCGCUAUGAGGAAAAGUCUUUUUAAACACCUCGCUGCUCGUGGAAUACAGGUGCAUUUAUUUGUUUGCAACGAAGAUGAAGACAUAAAAGCAGCGUUAGAACUGGGAGCCACAGGAGUGAUGACGGACUAUCCAUCGCUUCUCACCAGCUACUUCUGCAGAAACAGAAGACAGGAUUAAUCUCAAAGCCUGAAUUACUGUGAAAAGGCAUUGCACAACCACCAUAGACCAUUUAAAGACAUUGAUAGAGGGUGUUUAAAUCAUCAUUUAAACCUUGAUGAGAUUAGUUGAGCGUUGUGUCUGAACAGCAGAGAACAAUGCUUUCAUUCAGCUCUUUACUGUGAAGAAAGCUUUAAUYAUUGCUGACACGAUCACUUGUUUACAGUGCGACCUACACUUUGAUCACCUCCGCUGACUGGCUUUAAUUAGAGCAGCACUUGAAGAAUCUGUUGAUUGCUUUUGUUUGCAAAAUGUUUCCAGGAGUGAAUAUGUAACCAGUUGGACCCUAUCAUCUGGCAAUCGAUAAGAGACUAAAUAAACUUUGUUUUGACCGAC